AUGUCUAAAGAAAUAAAUUCUAACACAACUAUUAAAAUUGAAUUUGAUUCUUAUUUUCAAGUGAAACAAAAAUUCGAUGAUUCAAAAAGUCUGUUGGAAAAUGAUGAAAUGUAUCUGCAGCAAUUUUUAAAAUCUCAGGGAACAAUUGAUGAAGAAAUAAAGCAAGCAACAGUUGAUAAACAAUAUGCAUUACCCAAAGAAUCUAAUGAAGAUAUUAGCAAGUCAAUUAAUUUAAUGGAUAAUAUGAAAAAAACAUAUCCAGGAAAAUGUAAAACAACAACCAACAAUUGCCUGAAAAUGCCUUAUGAAACAGAAUUGGAUGAAUACGAUAAUAUUUGUCCAGAAACCAAUGAAAUAUUACUACAGCGUUUUUUAAAAUCUGAAGUAACAAUUGAUGAAAAAACAAUUGAUGAGCCAUAUCCAGUCUUCAUUAUGUUAGAUGAAGAACCUUAUGUACGUAACGAAGAUAUUACUAAGCCAAUUAUGAACAAAUCAUUGGAAGAAGAACCAGGAAAAGGUAAAAUGGCAACCAACAAUUGCCUGAAUAUGUCUGAUGAAACUAAUUCAAACUCAACUAUUAAAAUUGAACCAAUUCAAUAUCCUCAAGUGAAGCAAGAAUUUGAUGAUAAUGAAGGAUUCAUCUUGCCAGAACACGAUGAAAUAUGUCUACAGCGUUUUUUAAUAUCUAAGGUAACAAUGGAUCAAGAAACAGUUGAUGAACAAGAUGCAACUAUCAGUACAGGUAAAAUAAUAUUAGAUGAAGAACCUUACCUGCAUAACAAAGAUCUUGGUAAGUCAAUUAAUUUAAUAUCUAAUGAAACAAACUCAAACUCAACCAUUAUAAUUGAACCAACUGAAUAUCCUCAAAUGAAACGAGAAUUUAAUGAUAAUGAAGAUAUGCCACAAAACAAAAUAUUUCUACAGCGAUUUUUGAAAUCUGAGGUAACAAUCGAGGAAGAAAUAAAGAAGAAGAGAUUGAGAUUUAAACGGUCAUUUGGUUUGAAUCGGCAUUUAUCAGUGCAUACUCAAGAACGCCCUUACAGUUGUGAAAUAUGCAAUAAAACAUUUAGAUCAAAACUUGGAUUUGAUGGACAUGAAAUUAUUCAUACUAGAGAACGGCCUUUCAAUUGCCAAGUAUGCAAUAAAACAUUUGCUAGAAAAGCCGCCUUAAAUAACCAUGAAAUUAUUCAUGCUGAAAAACGCCCUCAUGAAUGUCAAAUGUGCAAUAAAACGUUCACAACAAAACACAUAUUAGCCCGACAUGAAAUUAUUCACACUGGAGUACGCCCGUACAAAUGUGAAAUAUGCAAUAAAGGAUUUUCAGAUUUUUCUACUUUAAGAAAGCAUUCUGCAAGACACAGUGAAGAUCGACCUUAUAAAUGUGAAACAUGCGAUAAAACAUUCAAAUAUCAACCAGCAUUAUACCGGCAUAAAAUCAUCCAUACCGGAGAACGUCGUCAUGUAUGCAAAAUAUGCAAUAAGACGUUUAUUCAAUCAGCUCAUUUGAAAGUUCAUUUUGUUUUACACACCGGGGAACGCAAUUAUGAAUGUAAAGUAUGCAAUAAAAGAUUUUCAGAUUCAAGAAAUUUGAAAAUUCAUUCUAUAAAGCACAGUGAUGAUCGACCUCAUAAAUGUAAAACAUGUGAUAAAACAUUCAAAUAUCAAAGCACUUUAAAAAAUCAUGGAAAGAUCCACACUUCAGAUUUAGAUUGA